AUGGAAAAUUUAUUUUGUUAAGUUCAUCCUGAUAUUCCAUUUUUCGAUUUGAAAAAAUACCACUAAGUUAAAUUAAUCGCAUCUUCCAAUAAUAGGGUAUACCUAUAUAAAUUUUUGAAUUAAGCUGUUGCUGUUAAAGAGGUUAUAUUUCAAUAAUUGUGUAUUAAUUAAUAAAAUUUAGAGAAAAUGAACAAAUAGAAAAACUAAAAAAACAAUAUCAAAUAUAGAAAGGAUAUAACGAAACAAUCAUAUAAAUAUAUGGAAUGGCUAUGCAACAAUAAUAAAGAUUUUCAGGGAAAUUUUAAACAAGUAUACAUAAUAAUUAAUCGGUAGUCAUAUUCAUUUGUAUGGAAUAUAUGAAAUAUUGCUUGUAAGAUCAUAUUGAAUUGAUUAGAAAUUAAUAGUUGCCCAUCAAUAAAAAUUCUUUUUCAAAUUUAUUAAAAUCUACGGUUCAAACUCAUGCUUUUUUAUAAUCUAUUCAUUUGUGUCAUGGUGAUAUAAAGCCAUAAAAUAUCUUGAUUAAUGACAGAAUUAAUCCGACACAAUUUAAGACUUGUGAUUUUGACAAUAUGAUUUAGCUUGUUAAUGCUAAAUUAUAGCCUUGCAUAAUUUCAACAAAAUAAUAUCAUGCACCAGAAAUCCAAUAAGCCAUAAAGGAGGGUUUGGAGUCAUUUAAUUAUAAUCCUUACAAAGCACAAGUAUAUAGUUUGGGUCUCUGCUUGAUUUAAAUGCACCCUUAAAUAGAUUUUUUUUAAAUUAAUCAUAUCACUUUUAUGCUUAUUGAAUAAGUUUAUGGUACAUAAAUUCAGACAUUGAUUUCAAAAAUGUUAGAUCCAAUAAAUUAUAACAGACCUGAUUUUUUUGAAGCGCUGUAAUAUUUGAAUAGGAAUUCAAUAGCAAAUUUAUCUACAGAAUAACUAGAGUAUCAAGGAAAUGAUAUAUUAAAAAGUUAAAAUUCAUAUUUUAGGAACACCCCAGAUAUGUUUGAUACUUUGAGAAGAGAAUCAAAAUAUCCAAACUAAUUAUGCGACAGUGUUGAUACAACUUCAGAUUUUCUAAUUUAGGGUUAAGUAAAUUUGUCAAGUGAAGAAAAUAACAACUUAUAUGAUGUCCAAGUAUCAACUAAAACUGGAAUAAGUAAACAAUAAAACUAAAUUAGGUAGUAAUAAGAAUCAGAAAUAAUGCUGUUCAUCAAAAUAUAUAAAUAAGACCAAUAUUUUGAUUUUUUGUUCAAUUUUACUUUUACUAGUAUUGUUUAUCCUUUUAUUAAAGUUUCAAAUAUGA